AUGGGAGCAAAACUCUUCACCAUGUGCCCCGAGGAAGAAAGCACAAGGUUCUUAAAAAAGUCCCUCCAUAGUUACCUUGUUCGCAUGGCAAAGUCUGCGAUUAACCGUACGUUAUGGGCACCUCUAGGAAAUAACAGCUCGAACAAGUCAAGCUCACGUCAUCCACCAGUCAUGUCGAAUGAAUUCCGCCGCCUUGAGAUCCUACGAGAAGGAAUUGGGCAAUUCUCCAAUUUCCCAAAUAGUACCCUCAAGGGUUUCGAUGGUGAUCAGCUCCACUAUCCUCAGGUAGAUGAGAGGAAUGAAGGUGUUCUCCAAAAACACAACCACUGA